AUGCCGCCAAAGAAACAACUUGCAUCGAAUAAAAGUGAUUCCUCGGAUAAUGAGGGUACACCUGACGCCGCCGUGGAAGCGAUAGUUCAUCCUCUGCGCCGGCGCACGCUCUGUCGCCUCAGCAACCUGUACUUAAUUCUGCGCCACCCGCUCAUACCGCGCGCGUUAAAUCGCCACCUCUCAACUCGGCUCGCCGAUGAAUAUUACGGCGUGCCUAAUAAAAUAGAUGCAUUGAUAGGUGCAUCUCUUUUCCCACACUUGCUAUGUCCUGGCGUAAUUCGUUCUUAUGAUUCCUCUGGGCCCGCAGCAAUACGCACGGUGCUUGGUUACGUCAUUAUGGGUUCCGUACCGACACUGCAAAUGAUGGCUAUGACAGCCGACUGUCGCCAGCAAUUCUUGCAGAUCGUUAUUCGUGAUUCUGAUCGUCGUUAUCAAUGUUUUCUAUACCGCUUCAAUCCACAUGACCCACUUGUGCUGUACCAGUUCAAUCGCGUAUGCUUCGGUUUAACAUCGAGUCCUUACCAUGCACUGCGCACGGUGAGACAGCUUAUCGAUGACGACGGCGCGAUGUAUCCACUCGCAAGUCGUAUCGCAUCUACCUCACUAUACAUGGAUGAUGUCGCUUUCUCCUUGCCUAGUGAGUCCGAAGCCAGUGAAGCCUCUCAGCAGCUGAUUGACUUAUUCAAGGGUGCACAAUGGGAUCUUAUAAAAUGGAAUAGCAACUAUCAAUCCGUUUUAGAUAACCUCCCUGCUUCUCAUAAAAUUACAAAGGAAGUGGAGUUCGAUAAAUCGAUGCAGCAUAAGAUAUUAGGCUUGCAUUGGUCUACCGAUAGUGACGAAUUCUAUUUUAAAAUAUCUAUUCCCGAUGAUGUGACGUGCACUAAGCGCUCCAUCUUAUCUACUGUCGCCCGCCUGUGGGACAUAAUGGGUUUCGUUGCUCCCACAGUCGUGUACGCUAAGUUGUUAAUAAAACAGCUUUGGCAACUUAAUUUAGACUGGGACGAUGUACCGCCGCCGCCCAUCAUUAAGAUGUGGAAGCAGUUUUGUGCUGAAUUACCAGAUCUCAAUAAUUUACGUAUCCCACGACAUGUUGGUGUCACUAAAAAUUGUAUUGUCACCCUCAUGGGUUUUUCCGAUGCCAGUGAACAUGCAUACGGUGCCGUUGUAUACCUACACGUAAAUGUGAUCAAUGGUAAUACCGUUCGAGUCCUCGACAACUACUCUCUUGGUUACCCAAUAUCAGUCUACGCCUUUGUAGAUUCAAAGGUCGUUCUGUACUGGAUAAGAAGUUCGCCUCACAAGUGGCAAACAUUUGUUGCAAAUCGCGUUGUUCAAAUUACAGACAAUAUUCCCGCUGAUAGCUUUUACCAUGUCGCUGGCACCGAGAAUCCCGCUGACAUCCUCUCGCGUGGUGAAGAGAUUAUUGCAGACAUUCCCGAGAAGAGGAUAUUGUCGCACAUUGUGUGCACAUCUGUUGAUAAGUGUACAUUAUAUGACCUCGCUCUCCGCAUCUCUUCUUGGAGUAAACUUCUACGUAUAAUUGUUUACGAACUUAUUGAACACUGCAAAGUGCGUGUACCGAACUACGUGGCGUGCCCGCCGGUGUUGGCUGCAUCCCAGGGAGCGCGAGCGCUUGGCUGCCGUCGCAAGGUUAGUACGUGCAUCUCGCCCACCUUCCUAGCUCUGCUUAUUGUAUGUACCAAUACAGUCCAC